CGAAAAUCCUCAAGUACCUACCUGGCUCUUGGGCUUUAUAUACGGAAUCCGCUUUUCCCUCCUGCUUCAACUCUUUCUCUCAAAAUCAUCCAUUUUGAUUUCUUCUCGUCUCUCCUUCAAUCUGAGACCUUCACCGACCGUGCACCAGUCUCUUGGUGCUCCGCCAGAGGUGGCUCUGGUGCUACUUUCCCCGUAUUGUACUCCCCUACCCAGGCACUCUCCAGGCAGUUGGCAGUCCCUACCUGAGUAGGUAAGGUAAGGUACUAACCACUAACCUACUGGUACUGUAACUGACCUUCCUGCGGAAAGGUAGCUCUAAUCCCGCGCCGCCCCUCGCUCUCCCCUCCACAGCCCCUGGACAUGACCCUCCCCUGAAACUUGUCCGCCAUCUCGACUCCCACCUCAGUCUCUAUUCUUUUCAUCUCUUCAAGAGUUGUUCACCAACUUGUCGAUACGAUACAGGGCGAAACGAGGCGAUCGAGACGCCGCAAUCAGACAAGAUGGACCCCAACAACAACAACAAUCGCCUCUAUCUCAACUUUGGAAACGGCAACGACCGUUUGACCGCCUCGGACAGGGCAGCAUAUCCCACUACGCCUUCGACCUUCCCGCAGCCCGUUUUCCCUUCAGCUUCAGGUCAACAGCCUGGUGGAUUGCAACCCCAAGGCCAACAGCAACAGCAGCAAUAUGCUGGUGGCUAUGCGCCCCAGGGCUACUUUAAUCAGAACCAAUAUGCCCAGUAUGGCGGCCAGCAACAGCAGCAGUCCAAUGACUAUGCUCAGGGUGCUGGGUAUCAACCACGAUCCAAUACCCCGGGCACCAACGACCCCAAUACAGGCCUCGCUCACCAGUUUUCUCAUCAGAACCUCGGAGGUGCUGCUCGAGGGCAAGGUUAUGCUCGAGGUCCCUCCCCAAGUCAGCGCCCCAGGACCGCCGGUAGUACAGGACAGCAGCCUGGCUACAACAGCUACAUGAACGCCCCUCCUAUGCCUACACAGGCCUCUGCCCCCGCAGAAGAAUUCCAACGUGCACCCGAGCGAAACCCUGAUCGAUAUGGUACAAAUGCCAAUAGCAACCAAAAGAAGUGUUCCCAGCUCGCCGCCGACUUUUUUAAGGAUAGUGUCAAGCGUGCCCGCGAGCGCAACCAAAGACAAAGUGAAUUGGAGCAGAAGCUCCAGGACCCCUCACAGGGCGCCGCUAGACGUGAGCAGCUCUGGUCCACUGCUGGCAGAAAAGAAGGCCAGUAUCUGCGUUUCCUUCGUACCAAGGACAAGCCCGAAAACUAUACUACUGUAAAGAUUAUCGGAAAGGGUGCCUUCGGAGAGGUCAAGCUCGUGCAGAAGAAGGGUGAUGGCAAGGUCUAUGCGAUGAAGUCUCUGAUAAAGACAGAAAUGUUUAAGAAGGACCAGCUUGCCCACGUUCGAUCAGAGCGAGACAUUCUCGCAGAGUCCGACAGUCCAUGGGUCGUCAAGCUCUACACUACCUUCCAGGACUCAUACUUCCUCUACAUGCUAAUGGAGUUCUUGCCUGGUGGAGAUCUAAUGACAAUGCUUAUCAAGUAUGAAAUUUUCUCGGAGGAUAUCACUCGCUUUUAUAUUGCGGAGAUUGUUCUCGCGAUUGAAGCUGUCCACAAGUUGGGCUUCAUCCACCGUGAUAUCAAGCCUGACAACAUUCUCCUAGAUCGUGGAGGACAUGUUAAACUCACAGAUUUUGGCCUGUCGACGGGCUUCCACAGGCUUCAUGAUAAUAACUAUUAUCAGCAGCUGUUGCAAGGUCGAUCGAACAGGCCUCGCGACCGUAACUCGGUUGCGCUUGACCAAAUCAACCUGACAGUCAGCAAUCGAUCCCAGAUCAACGACUGGAGACGAUCUCGAAGACUUAUGGCGUACUCGACCGUCGGAACUCCUGACUACAUUGCUCCUGAGAUUUUCACAGGUCACGGCUACACCUUUGACUGUGAUUGGUGGUCACUCGGCACGAUCAUGUUCGAGUGUCUGGUCGGCUGGCCUCCUUUCUGCGCUGAAGACAGCCAUGACACAUACCGCAAGAUUGUCAACUGGAGACAAACUCUGUACUUUCCUGAUGAUAUCACACUGGGUACCGAUGCGGAGCAUCUUAUCCGAAGGUAAGCAAUCAUCUCGAGAGUCAAGGAGAACGCUGGUUGCUAACAGAAAGUAGCAUGGUCUGUAACACAGAGAAUCGUCUCGGUCGUGGUGGCGCCCACGAAAUCAAGGGUCAUGCUUUCUUCCGCGGCGUUGAGUUUGAUAGUCUUCGCCGUAUUCGCGCACCCUUCGAGCCUCGCUUGACCUCCAACAUCGACACGACUUAUUUCCCUACUGAUGAAAUUGAUCAGACCGAUAACGCCACCGUCCUUAAGGCGCAGGCUAUCCAGCAAGGUCACAAGGUUGAGGAGUCUCCAGAAAUGAGCUUGCCAUUCAUCGGCUAUACAUUCAAGCGAUUUGAUAACAACUUCCGAUAAAUGGGUCGAGGUGGCAUGGCUUGCGGCAUGGUGGUCUCUCCAGGAAGCGAACCUAGUUCUGUGAACGGGCGCUGUCGAUAGAGAACUGGACCGCAACCCGGAUGAGUACAACGAGUUCUUCAGCAGUUAUUCAUGACAUGAUAGACGAAGCGAAUGCUGUGCGAGGCUUGCCCGUUUGUUGAGCCUUUUAGCUGUUUCGAUGCAUGUUUUUGAUGAUACUAUGGUAGCAGGUCUGGUUCAGAUGGAGGGACAUACAAGUCGGUCAGGACGUUUGCUGUCUGCAAUUUGCAUCGCAUUAUACAUGACAUGUAACAAAACACGAGGUUUCCAGAACUGUUGUAGAAGUCAAUAAUAACAUACUGAAGCAAAAGAACGUAAAGGACGCAACGUGACAGUGCAUGUAUCAGACAUGGGUUGUUUGAGACAUGACAUUUGAAAUACAGUCUGCCAUU